AUGUCACCGUCACUUUUUCCACUUCAAAUUCAAACCGAAAUAAUUGCUACAAACACACUUACGAUCACCAAUCUAGAUCGUGAUACCUUUUUGUUCGAAAAUCUUGUUAGCUUGCGAAGUCGUUUAGAACGAUACGGUGCAAUUCAUAAAUUUAUUCCAAUUAAGUCUUUCAAUCGCAUUCUCGCUAUUUUCUUUCAAACUCGUGAGGCUCAAGUUGCAAAAUCUCACGUUGAUAGAACGCUCUUUCUUGGCAAUAUCAUACGAGUAUAUUUUGGUUCACAUACUCCAGUAUAUGAUGGGUUCGACAGUUCACGACAUCUAAAUGUUCCAGAAUUAGAAAAAAAUUGGCUUUCUUCUCCACCAGGAUCUCCACCGGUUGGUUGGAAUCCAACACGAGAAAACGCACCAAAUUCAGUUACAUUUGCGCAUGAUAUAAUUCACUCACUUUCUCAUGUUGAUACUAUUCUUAAAGGAAACAAUGAUCUUGAAGAAUUCUCUUUAGAUGAUAAACCCGAAAAAGAAGUCAAUUAUAAUUUUGAAGUUUCUAAUACGCAAAAAAUACCUGUUUUAACUGUUCUAUCAAGUGAUACUAAAAUAGAUCACAAUAAAAAAAGCGAAUGUAAUGUCCCACUCAUUCUUAUUCAAGAUUGGGAUGAGAUUCCACCAAACAAAAAGUCAAACAAUUUAAUAAGGAACUUUAAUUUUCAAAAUACUAAAAUUCCUCCAACCCCAACAUCCAGACCUCCAUUUUCAUAG